AUGCAGAAUUGUAGACCUGUUGAGAGUCCCAUUGAUCUGAAUCUGAAGCUCAUGGCAGAUCAAAGUGAAGUUUAUCCUGACCCCGAGAGAUAUAGGAGGCUUGUGGGAAAACUCAUUUACCUUACCAUUACCAGACCUGAUAUCUCCUUUGCUAUGGAAGUGGUUAGCAAAUUUAUGCAGAAUCCUCAUUUGGACCAUUGGAAUGCUGUCAUGCAUAUCCUGAGAUAUGUUAAAAAGGCUCCUGGUCAAGGGUUGUUGUAUGAAGACAGGGGUAAUACACAACUAUCGGGAUAUUGUGAUGCUAAUUGGGCUGGAUGUCCCAUGGAUAGAAGGUCUACAUCAGGCUAUUGUGUCUUCAUUGGAGGAAAUCUUAUUUCUUGGAAAAGCAAGAAACAGACAGUUGUCGCUCGGUCCAGUGCUGAAGCUGAAUAUCGAUUUAUGGCUAUGGUUACUUUUUUUCAUGAAAGAACUAAGCACAUAGAGAUUGAUUGUCAUUUUAUUCGAGAAAAGAUUCUGUCCAAGGAGAUUGUCACUGAGUUUAUUGGUUCUAAUGAUCAGCCAGCUGAUAUUUUGACUAAGUCCUUAAGAGGACCCAGAAUUCAGACUAUAUGUUCCAAGCUUGGUGCAUAUGAUUUAUAUGCUCCAGCUUGA